GCGCGCGUUCCUGCGGCUCACGCACGCCCGCUUCCGGCCAGACGACUGGCCGAGGACGCAGGCGCCGGGCCGGCGGAACUUAUACCUCGAGACCUUCAUCUUCGAGCACCGCGGGUUCCUCUCCGCAUCGCCAGGCUUUCGGCACGGGUCAGCCGCGGCGAUCUCGUGGGACGAGCGCUCCGUGCACGAGGCGCUCUACCGCGGCUGGGCAGAGAGGAGCCCGGCCGCUGUCGCCCAGCUGCCUCGGCCCCGUGCGGCUCGGAGCGCGCACCUCUGGGCAGGCCUACGGCUCGGCGGCUGGAUGCUGGUGGCUGCUCUUCUGGGGGCAUGCUUGGGGCUGGCUGUCUCCGGCGAGUUCACGGCCUCGGUCGUCAUGCCCCGGCUGCUUCUGGCAGGCGGGCAUUUUGGUUCGAUUGCAUACUCAACGGACGCAUGGGCCACAUUCUCUCGCUUGCUGAUGGCCGGCGACUCCGCACCGGCGGCGCUGGCCGCCACCUGGCGGGGCAAGGAUUUCGAUUCUACAUUGGGAUACCCAGGGGAAGGACCUGGCCAACAGCCAGAGAUGGAAGUUGACGACUUGCGCCGGGGGGUCCGCAGGUUGGACUUCGACGAGGCGAUGCCGGCCGUGCCGCCACACCCGCCGCCGACGCGUUGGCAUUGCCCUGUGGCCGGCUGCCCGUGCGCCGACCCGGCCAGGCACCACGGUUGGGCCAACGCUCAAGGCCUCCAUCGCCACUUGGACGCGCACCUCAGCGGGCAGCUCGCCGGCCAAGUGGAUUCCGAGUGGCUUCGCCGGCACGGCCGCGCUCGAUGCCGAGUCUGCGGCUUCAGCGUGGGGGCCAAUCGGGGAGUGCACCCCGCGUGCCGCCCAGCGGACCGCGCAGCCCUCCGGGUGGCCGCCGCGCCGCAGCCAGUCCACGCGGCCGCCGGCAGAGGGGUUGGGGAGGGCCGCCCGUCCCUGGCGAGCGUCCACGCCGCGAGCGUGCCCACCCUCCGGUACGUCCCCAAGCGUGCCCGGGCCGCCUGGUCCCGCGCGCUCACUCGCUGCCUUGCGGGUGUGGUGGCGCACAACUCGGUGGCUGCUUGGACGGACUUGCAGAUGUUGGCCAAAACUGUCCUCAGCGUGCCCCCGCGCACUGGCCGCGACCACGAAUCGGCCCUCGCGGCGUUCACGUUGGAACGACUCGCGCGCUGGGAGGCGGGCGAGCGACAGUCGCUCUGGCAGGAGGCGUGCGACGCGCAGCCUGGCCGCCGUCGUCGGCCAGCCGGCCCGCCCACGGCCGAACUACGGGCAGCGCGCGCCACGGCCUACGCCGCAGAGGGCCUUCUGGCCAAAGGGUGCGCGGCCCUGACGGCCCAAGGUCUGGCCGAACAGACGAGGGAGACGGUGCUGGCCCUCGAACGACUGCGCCCGAGGGCGCCUGCCGAGCCGCUCGGGCACCUGGACUCGCUCCUGGCCGCGCCAGAGCUCGCGCCCAACGCCGUGCUCAAGGCCUUGCGCGCUUUCCCAAAAGGCGGUUUUCGGCUCCUCGGCGCGCCGAUCGGGGACCAGGUCUUCACCGAGGCCUUCACUGAGCGACGGGCUACCAAGGUGGGGCCGACGUUGGCGGCGCUGGAGACCCUGCACCCGCAGGUUGCCCUCCUUCUUCUCCGGCACUGCGCGAGCUUUGGCAAACUGGUCUACUGCGCGCGCACCGCGCCGCCGGAACUGCAGGCUGGCGCCCUCCGAAGUUUCGACGCCGCGCAGCGGGCUGCCCUGGGGGGCUUACUGGCCGCGGACCUGACAGACGCCCAGUGGCGCCAGGCCUUCAGGGGUCUGGCGUACGCCGGCCUGGGCUUGCGGCGGCUGGAAGCGCACGCGGCGGGCGCCUACCUGGCGAGCCUCGGCGCCACGCGGCGCCUGUGCUCGGAGCUGGACCCGGCGUGCAGCUGGGCACCAGAGGAUGCGGGCACGCGGGCUGGAGCUGCUCUCUCUGCGCACAACGCGCAGCUCCCGCAGUCCGCCGGCCUGCGCCCGGGCGCUCUCGAGACGGCCAAGCAGAAGGACCUCUCCGCCGCGCUCGACGACUAUUGGCACCGACACUUUCUGGAGAACCUCGGGGCAGCCGACCGCGCGGACAUCCAGUCCGAGCUGCUCCCCGGCGCGUCGGGCUUCCUGGAAGUGGCGCCCAACGAGAAGCUGGGGCUGCUUUUCGAGCCGGAAGAGUUCCUCACCGAACUGAGGAGGCGGCUUCUGAUGCCGGUCUACGACGCGGACCACUUCUGCCCCUGUUGCGACGAGCCUUGCGACCGGCACGGGCGACACGCGGGCCUCUGCGCGGGCGCGGGGGACUGGGUUUGCCGGCACAACGCCGCGCGCAACUUGGUCGGGCGAUUCGCCGCCGCUGCCGGCUACAACCCGGAGCUGGAGAGGCCGGGGCCCCUGCCGCCGCGCCCGGGCGACGACCGCGCUAUCGGGCGCCGCCCCGCCGACGUGCACAUCCCGAGCUGGCACCUAGGCGCGCCUGCCGCUUUCGACUUUGCGGUCUCGUCGCCGCAUCGGCAGGCUGCCCGGGGCAUGGCUUUCCAAGGGAUUGGAAGCGCCGCCGAGGCGUACGAGGUGGUCAAGCGCACCCACCUCGACACAGAGGUGUCGCGGGUGUUUGAGAUCCCG